UUCACCAUCGGCCAGUUUGACGUCCUCAAUGGAUCGCCCUACACAGCGUAACCUCUUCUCUCGUGGUUCUAGUCCCCCAGGAGGAUACCAGGAACAGACUCACCAGCCGUCGCUCAACAAGUAUCAGCAUGUUUCGCCACCUCAUUCGCUCCGCGAGAUCGCCCAGCCGUCGCCCCCGGCUCACGUCGAUACUCUUUUCAAUAAUUUAAUUGCUCAGACUGCUGCCCCUCAGCCGACCGCAGGAGCCAGCCUAGGACCCAACUCGAAUCUCCCGGGUGGCCCCUUGCAGCACCAGUCGAGCAACUCCGCGCCCGCAACGCCUGUAUCUAUCACCGCCAACUCCGUCUCGUCCACGACUUCCGCUCCCAUUAACUCUGCAGAGAGCAGACAGAGUGCGCUCUUGUCUCUCCUCGGCACCGUCGCUUCCCCCUCUACCUCGACGGCCUCAGUACCCCAGCAACCUCAGCAAAUUCCGACUCCACCCGGCUCUUCACAUCGAUCGGGACCUACUGUCAACAAUGAGUCACAAGGGAGGAUGCUGUUGGAACAGUUGAUGUCUGGGACCGCACCUCAGACCCUCUACAGUAACCCUUCGCCCCAGAGCUCUUUACAUCUACCUCCUGCAGAUCCUUCGCCUGCUUUUGGAUCAUCGAAUACCUCCCAACAGGACAGCGGCUCUUAUUACGAGCCAGAAACGACCCCGCUUGGACCUGUACACGACACUUUCCAAACUCCACCUUCUUCGGUGGCGGUUGCGCCACCGCUACCACAACAGCAGCCUCCACCUCCCCCUAAAUCUAUGUUUGACUUCGUUUCUCCCUUUGAUGCUCUCGCUUCCUCUUCCGUCACUUCGCCUCGCAAAGCUGUCCCGCCCCUUUCUCAUUCGGCAGACACCGCGGUGAGUGUCAACGAGGAAUGGAGCCUUCCUUCUACCACGGACUCAAAACGGAAGUCCGUCGAGAAUCUCAUCGAACAGUUGACUCGCGGGCAGCAAUCUUCAUCGCAGCAGUUACCGCCUUCAUACGAACUCCCCAUUCCGAGUGCAACCGACGACUUUGUCUCGCCUGAACAGGUUCAGGCUAAAGCGCAACCUCGUCCCUUGCCCCCGAAGCCCUACCAGGCCAGUUCUCCGCGAAACUCGCCACCAAAGCAGCCUGCCCCAGGUCAACAACGCAAGGGUCCUUCUGAGCAACCCAUUGGUCCGCUAGCCGGAUCCCCUGUACCUCCCGCUUUCACCGCACACGCUCCUUCUCCUCGUGAGAAGGAUGGCUCACCGGGCCCCCGUGGUAGUUGGAACAAGCAUGAGGGAAGGGGCAGAGGCGGGCCUAAGGGGAAGUCUCAGUCGAGCCCUAACCAUUCUCAAACUAUUAUAUUCGAUGUCAACCAGCCUUUGGAGGAGAUCCAAGCGAACCGUGAGGCCGUCAAGUCGACGGCCAUCGCUCUUGUGCGGGUUGACUCUACUUUUUUGCCUGGUACGACGAUUGGUGCGACCCAGUGGGUCGCGUAUGCCAUGACCAAAGGUCGCGUUCGUGUCAUUUCUCGUUCUAGUGGAGACCGUACUCUUCUCCAGCUUCCUCAUGUCUUCCCGUUGACGACCGCCGUCACUGACAUGGCGGUGAUUGGAAACCGUCUUGCGGGCAUUACGUCGGAUGGAGGCCUGGUGGUCUGGGAGCUUCCCGAAGUCAUCACGGACGACGCGCUUGGCAGGAUCUUGCUUUGUGUUUUGCCCGGUACCGGACCAGAGAACCUGCACUCUGUCAAAUGGCACCCUAGGCAGCCGGACGUUAUUGCUAUCUCGUCGGAGACGGGCGUUUUCCUUUUCAACAUCAACGAUGCUUUGCGUAUGUUCGGAGGAGAUCCCAUAGACUAUCAUGAGCUCCAUCGCCUUGCUCAGCCAUUUGCCGUGCCUUCGGCUCUUGUUGCUUUCGAUUUCGACGUUGAUCAUUCCGCGAUCGCGACCAUCUCCGAUGACUCCACUCUCGCUCUCUGGGAUAUUGACCGCAAGUUCUCCAUCUGGUCCGGGAAGAUCAGGGGUGAGGAUGCACCCUCCUCCCUUACUCUCGUGGACGGUGGAUUCGUCGUCGGUCGCAAGCACAACACCGUCUUCCAGCUGUUGUCCUCCAUGCGGACUAACGUUCUCGGCACGAUCAAGUUCGUCAACGGUGACAGGGAGGAUCCAGAUAUGUUCGGCCACGCGAACUACGACGCCCGACUCCAGACACUAUGGGUUGCGAACAACCGUCGUGACAGCAUGAUCGCCUUCAAGCUUGGCUUUGAGUACACGGAUGUCGGCGCCGAGGAACCUCAAGUCCGCGGGAGCUUCAGUCAGGUCGUCGAGUUCCUGGGCCCGAAACCGACAAUCCACUUCGUCAUCCUCACCGCCGACGCGGAUCCCAACGGCGAGGAAGCCCACGCAGCGUGUGUCGCCGCCAAAGUCCCGCCAGGCGAGCUCGCCCUCGUAGCCUUCUCCGUGCACUCGACGGGCGUGGACCAGAUCCUGAUCAGGAAGGAAUGGUUCGAUAUCGCUUUUGCGGGCACGCAGAUGAAGUUCCCGGCGCUGCCUCCGCAGAUCAUGCAAGGCCCUGCUGUCGAAUCUAGGACUCAUCGUCCGCCACCGCCACCUGUUCAGCAACAGCAGCAGGUUCCUCCGCCCCCUCAACGCCGCGAACUGACGCCUCCGCCCCGUGAACAGCCCGUUCAGGUGCAGGCGCCUAUGCCGCCUCCUCCGCUUCCUCCGCUUGCCUUGGAGCGCAAUAGGACGCCACCGUCCGAGGAGGUGGAGCCCGAGCUUACUCGUGAGCCCGGUAGGCCGUCUGAGGUGAGGGGCAAGGGUGGUAGGAACAGGAAUGUUGGCUGGAAGGACAGGGACGAGGCUGGUGCUAAGGAGAAAGCUAGUAAAAAUGGUGAAGGCAAUAGCAAUAGCAACAUCAACAACGAGGCGGCUAUUGGCGCCAACAUGACGAAGGAGAUCAAGAAGAUGGAGGAAAACCUUUAUAGUCGCAUUGGCCGGCUGGUCGGGAAGGAGAUGGAUAAGCAACACCAACGGCUCGAGGAAAUCCGGGUCAGCGAGAAACAAGCGGACUUUGACCGUCAGGAGAAGAUUCUGAAGCUGAUCUCGAGCGAGUUGACGACGAACACGACGAGGGUCGUCGAGACGGCGGUCAGGUCGGAGGUGUUGAACUCUGUGCUGCCGACUUUGAGGGAAAUCACCAGGACCGAGGUCAGAGCUGCCCUAAACGAGCAGAUCGCCAUUGGCGUCGGUGACUCGGUGAACAUGACUCUUCCCCUCGAGAUCGAGAAGUUGCUCCUCCGUCCUGAGGUCGCCACCCACGUCGCGCGCACGUUCUCUUCCUCCGUCACGCCCAUCAUCGAGCGUCAUGUCAAGGAUGCUAUCCACAAAACGCUCAUCCCCGCCUAUUCGCAGCAGUCUUCCAACAUGCACCAGGAAUUGUCUCGUGAGAUUCAUUCUGAGAUGAUGAACCUCAAGAAGGACGUCAUUUCAUGGCAAAGCGAGACACUCAGGGGCCAGGAGGCUGUCAUUCGCGACCUCGAGCAGACCGUUCGCAACCUGGCCGACCAGGUCAAGUUCUUGAGCCUCAACGCUAGCGUCCCUCCUGUUGCUUCUCACAGGCAGCCUUCUCCACCCAUGCCUUCUAGCGGUAGUAUGGUACAGUAUCAACAACAGCGUCAGCCCGUACACCAAGGCCCGCCACCCAUGCAACACUAUGGUCCUCUUCCUCAGCAGCAGAGUCAUCAGCCUCCUCCAAUCCCUGGACCCUGGGGUCAUGGUAUUCCUGCUCCUCAAGCAUCUCAUCCUGCCCUUCCGCCACCUGCUCCAAUGCAGGUUCAUCAUACUCCUCCCGCCCAGAUCGAAGACUGGGAUCAGACAUACCUCGACGUGCUGAGCACACAGGACCCGCGCCAGCUCCGCGAGCUGUUGGGUCGGUCUAACCCAGAGGCCAUCAUGCCUUUGAACGGGCCUUCUCCGUUGUCGCAGGCCGUGAUCUUGACGAUCGUGCACAAGCUUGGUGGUUACAUUGGUGAGAGUGCGCCCGAAGGCGAGAGCUUCAAGUCUUCCCUCUGGUGGCUCCAGCGCGCCGCCACCGUGCUCAAGACCAAUGACCCUGUUGUUGCGCCUUAUUGUAUCCGCGUUCUGCCCAACGUUCAGUCGGUGUUGAACAUCACCAAGCAGCGCAUCUCCAUCCUCCCAGGCGGACCGCAAGCCAUGGAGACGAGCAGGGCGAUCUCCGACAUCCAGGACAUCUUGAGCCACAAGCCGGCUUGACGCCAGGCUAUCGCUCGAUGGCCUUUGAUGUAGGAUUAUCAGCACUUGUAUCGUUUCUUUCGCUGGCUCGGACUGUGAUCGCUGUAUCGUUUUAGCUUUCUCUCGCCUCUCUGUUCUGUUCUGUUCUGUGCUCGCGUUCGUGUUUGUGUUUGCAAUCGCCCUCCUCUUUUCCUCGUGCGUCUCUGUGAUGUUGCAUUUGACGAAAAUGAUGAAUAUCUACGUCUUCGGUUUUUCAUACUCUUUUCGUGUUAGUUUGUCUCUGCUGUGUCGGAUGCUACUCACGUAUAUACUCACGUUGUCGUUGACUCGGUCCACAGGGACUGCUGUUGUUCGUUAUAAGUACUUCAUAAAAACCGUGAAAUCUGUAUUACUUCUCUGCAUAGCACUGUCCUGUUACUCUUACUAGUCUUACUCAAACAAAAUGAAUCGCACACUUCUUUU